UAUGUUUUAUAGUAAGUCAGACUUGGCUGUGUAAGCAAAAGCUGGUUGCUUAAAUUUGGAAAUAAAAAACGAAUUUUGACAGUACUGUGAAGGUGGUGUGUAGUUAGUGGCUUGUCUUAUUUUUUUGGAAAAAUAUAAAUUUAUUUCCCAUUUAAAGACUUUUAUUAUAGUUAAUUUAAAUGAUAAUAUCAAGUUACAUAAUGUGUGAUUCCAGUGAAAUGAUACUUAUUUUAGAAAUUUUGUGAAAAAAGUGUAAUGUAUACCUGAAAUGUUGUUUUGUGUAGGUGUAUCUUACCACCAAAAUGUACAGGAAAAUAUUAAUUUUAGCGUUUUUUCUUUUGUUCUCCUUUGUGUCUUGUACUCAUAUAAAAGGAGAGUUUUCCACUGAUGAAUUCUUCAAAUUCCUAGUGAAGUUUGGUUUUCAAAAAACAGACAUUCAUUAUCAAAGAGAAACAUAUGGGUAUAUCUUUGGGAAUAUUACUUCAAAUGUAAAUUUUAAGUAUCCUAUAACCUUCGCCGUGUUAGAUAGACGGCACUUCAUACAUUAUUAUAAGAGUCGCAAUAUAGAAGAUAAGAAAGUGGCAUGCCAAGUUAUGUUUCAAAAUCUUAAUGAAUCGGCGUAUCAUCCAAAAUGCAAUGCAUAUGGUCAAGACCUAUUUCGAAGGAUCCCAUGUCCAAAAGGAGAACUUUGUGUUGACGAAGAUACACCAUGGAAUGUUAUAAAGAAGAAUCAAUUUACUUAUGUCAUUCAAAACACAGGCCAACCAAGGUUUUGGUAUGUGUCUAUGGUAGCAUGCUAUUUGGAUGAAGACACAUGCCAAUGGCACCACUACACCGGAGCACCAUCAAAGGACACCAAGACCCUAACAGAUAUGCCACAGACCAUCCAAUAUGACUUCUGGCUUGUGAACGGAAGUCCAAACUUGUCGUUCUACAAUACCCUGCUGUAUCAGUUUUCAUUUGACAGACAAAACACACUGGAACUAUAUUUAGUAUUCUGGUUGUGCUAUGUUAUACUUUUGCCAGUUCAAAUAUAUGCAGUCAGGACACAAAAGCACCCUGUGACGAAACUGUUCACGUUCAGCCUUGUGUUGGAAUUCAUAGCUCUCUGCUUCAAUGUGCUACACAGCGUCAAGUUUGCGGCAGACGGCGUGGGGUUCACCGAGCUCGCUGCCGCCGGAGAUAUACUCGAUAUAAUGAGCAGAACAUUAUUCAUGUUGUUACUACUCCUGUUGGCGAAAGGCUGGGCGGUCACCAGACUGGAGCUGACAUACAAACCUCUAGUAUUUGGCGUCUGGCUCUGCUACGGAAUAGUACACAUUCUGCUUUACGUUUGGAACACUACGGAAGUGGACAUAAUAGAAGAGAUAGACGAGUACCAAACAUGGCCGGGUUGGUUGAUACUAACCCUGCGCGUGGCAAUCAUGACGUGGUUCGUGUUAGAACUGCGCAACACCAUGAUGUAUGAGCACAACAUGCCCAAGCUGAACUUCCUUCUGCACUUCGGCGCGUCGAGUCUGGUGUGGUUCGUCUACUUGCCGAUAAUCGCCCUCAUCGCGCUGCAGAUCAGCCCACUGUGGCGAUUCAAGUUCAUAUUGGGUAUAACGUAUUCAGCAGACUGCCUAGCGUUUUGUGUAAUGGCACAUCUGCUAUGGCCGACGCGGUCAGAACAAUACCUAUUGCUAGCGCCUGCUGAUUAUACAGGCAUAGAGGAGCUGGACGAAUUCAACGAAUCCCCACACGUGGUUCACAGCGACACUGUCGCGCUUACCGCCGACAGUGUGAACGCGGACGAAGAAGAGGUCAUAUUUACACGCGCGCCAAUCAAGAAUGGAUCCGCCUUCUCAUAGCAACAAGGAUUUGAACACUAGUCACUUAUAAGGACGGGACAUAGGUAUGUGACUUUUGUCUUGAAAUGUCGCUGAGUAACCACUUUUAGUUUUCAAAUGGUCGGAAAAAUGACCUAAUAAGUGUGUGGCCAACAAAGGUGAAUCUAACGGGACUUGUACAAAAUGUAUUGGGAACAAAUUACCCUUUACUCACGAAUCACAUCUGUCUCAUUUUAACAGUAUAAUGGUAUCGAGACCAGCAAACAAAAGUUAAUUUUAGUUUUGAACUCUCAAACUAAACUAAAAUUAAGUUGUUCCAAAUUCGAUAGGUACCAUUAUGCUUUUAAAUAGAAACAAUGCGGAAAUAUUAUACGUACCUUUUUACGAUCGCCCUACUGUGUUGCCAACACGAAGAAUGCCGCGACAAGGGCAAGCUGCCAAAUUGUACCUAAAUUAAACAAAUUGUUAUUUAUAAGGGUUGCCAAACCCAAAUUUGUUAUGGAAAUCUGUGAGUGGUAUGUCAAUUUGGUUAUGUUGAAAUAUCAAACGUGGAAAUUAAUGAGAUAUCGUAGUAGAUUUUCUUCGACUUAGUACAAUCAUACAAGUAUGAUUAAAGAAUUGAAGUGAUCGUACUUUAUGUAUAUUUGCAAAGUAUACAGACGGAGAAGGUACGCGGUUAAAUCCUUAUCUACAAACACUUCUGUCACAAGAUUGGUGUAUGUAGCCUGUUCUGUUCUUCCUUUCAAUAAACCGACACUGUGCUGACAAUAUGUGUUUCUUUACUCUCUCUUCUCUCCUCACUUUAAAUACGUACGAAUUUAUUUUAGAAAACAAAUACGGUCAAAUAAUUUAAUUGAAAGACAGAAGCGCAUUAUGCGGGUGCGAGGUAGAUUGCAUCUAAUCACAGCGAUGCGAGAGUAUGACAUUUCUUUGAAUGUCUAUAUGGAAUGAAUCUUCUGUACCUAUAUAUAUCUUAUUGGGUAUUAUUGUAUUAUUAGUUUAGUGUAGCAACCCUGUUCGUCUAAUAACAGUGUGUCUGUUUAAAUCCUUUAUACGGACGAACUUACCUACUUGUCUGAUUGUACUAUGCUAGUGCAAUGAGCAAAUUAUUGAGUUUUGAUUUUUUAUUCUUGAUUCGAUCAUUGCCCAUUGCAGAUAGGUAGACUUGAGUGAUGCCAAAAAUGAUAAUAUUCGUAGCACGGUGCACAAAAGUUAUAUCGUUGUGUGCUAUAUGCAUGUAAACAUGAAAAAUGUAUGUUCUAUUCUAUCGCCUGUGUUGCAAUUUGGGUUCGCAAAUUCUUGUCACCGCCUGAGGUAUAUGAGCAGUGAGACGGAAGACGGCGCGAUUGACUAAUUGGCAGAUUAACACACGUAUUAAAACCAACACACGUAUUGAAACUUGCGCGUGGACUAGUAAUAAUUGUGAUGCGAAAUCUGCACUUUAAACGAAAAUUCUUAAAUUCCUUGACACAAAAGCAUGGUUGCAUCUAGUUACUAGACAGAAUUGUUUUAAAACUGGAAAGAAAAUUAUACGCAAAAGUCGAUUCUACACUUUCUGAAGAAUAGGUACUAAAUGUCACUCACUAAGAAAGAUUAUCUGAAAGAGAUCUCUCAUUAGACAAGUCUGCUGUUUGGUAUGUUUGCUGUGAACAAUAUACAAUGAUGUGGCUAUAUACCGCUAGUCUAACUAGCCAUUCAAGUAAAUAGUAUUCGUUUUUUUUUUAUAUUUUGGAAGUGUACAGUUUAACGUUUUAAAGAAUAUGCGCACAUAGGAUGAUAUCACAUGCACUGAACGAUGUACGAAAUUAUUAGUUGGCUGUUUAAUUUUGUGAAUAAAAAUACACGCAUUCCUUUGAAACUUCGAAUUCAGUGAGAUUUAAACGUCUAUUACAUUGUUUAAUGUAUGUUAGAUUAAAUAUAGUAGUCAUAUUAUAGAUAAUUCGGCGGAGAUGCUGUGCCAACUAAUGGUACCUACUUUAACUUUAAGGAAUUUAGGGGGGGAACACUUUCAUAAAUUAUAAGAAUAUUAAGAAAAAUGGCUGUAAUUUACAAGUUUUGAUGAAUUUACUAAGAGUUUAGUAAGCCUUUAUGCAGGCAUGCAGUGAUUGGAUUGUUAUACACAAUGGUCAGUCUGAAAGGCAACGAGCUAUACACCGCAUGCGCUUGCAUAGAUUGAUGAAACACAACAUGGCAGCCGUACCUACGCCAUUUUUAAUAUAAUAGCGUUAAUUUAUUUUCAUUUGGUGUGCUCAAAUGGAAAUGAAAAAUUGAUGAACGUAAAGGUGAACCAAUAACAUAUUCUUAUGAAAGUAAUACUACAUAUUACAUUUUAUACGCAGCCACGAACCAGAAAAUUUUUCGUACUGUACAGAGAUUUUUAAAAAAAUAUUAUCGUUAUUAAAAUAAGUAUAUAUGGUACAAUUCGAUCUCAUGAUGGUUUAUGAGUUGGAUAAUGUUGUUUUCAAAUUUAGAAAUAUUUUUUGAGUUCUCCAUACGUAUUUUUCUGUAGUUUUUUUUUAUAAAUGAAUAUAAUUGUAAGUUAUUUUUGCUGACACAAAAAGCUAUUUUGUUAUUUUUAUAUUGCAACACAUGCCAACAUUAAGCUAUGUAGCUUCUUAGUGUAAGUAUACCUAGCAUUUGUGUAGUUUCGAUUAGAUGUCCCUAUUACGAUUAUUUUGUAUUGUAGUAGGUAAAAUUAAAUGCCGUUGUAAAUAAAAUACACAUUUUUUAAUUCAUACUUUUUUCGAGCUACGUUUUUGUACAGCCUCUUUAUCGGUUUGUGGCAUGUCUUGAGAAUUUAGCAGUCAUUUAUGGCUAUUCGAAGGAGACGAGAAAAGUCGUAAUUAAUUGUACCAAAGUCAAAAUAAUUUAGACUCUCUAAAAUACAAGCUUUGUAAAGAAAUACUGUUUCUUUCAUUGUAGCCAAUUUUAUAGUUUUGCUUUAUACCUGCUUUCAAAAACGAACUCACCUAGGUGUUCUCGAAUGAAAAAAUAGAGUUAUUAAUUGAUUUUAAUGAGAAUCCAGUCGAAUAGAAUUACCUACAUAUAAGAGUUACCUAUUUGAAUUAUAUAAUAUUAAUUUAAUCUAAAAUUAAUUGAAAAUCUACUCAUUCCUAUUUAUUGUUUGUGGAAAAUUCUAUGUAUCAAAUUAUUGGUAUUUGUUUAGUCUAAGUCCUAUUGUAGCUGUGAAUUUUAUUGUAAAUAAAGUUUUCGUAUCAAA